GAUCGAACGGGGACCGAGAAAGGAUCGAAGACGAAGAGGCCGCCGAGCCCUCCCUCUCCGCCCCUCUCCCUCCCUCUCCUUCGUUCCAUGGAAUUCCCGCCCUUGCGUUGGUUUCUCUGUCCCAAUCAUCCUCUACGCCGCCCGAAUUAGCAAUCGCAGAAAAAAGGGGGAUUUUUGGGGGUUCAUUUGGAAGUGCAUUGGUGGUGCUCUUGGAUUGUUCUAACGGAAGGAAAUCAGGUGGCCGCAUCGGGUGGUUUCCCUUUGUGCGUGGGGAAGUCGAUUUUUUCCUCAAAAGAUUGGAUUUUGGCUUGUUCUUGUUUAGAGUUCGAGUUAAUUUUUCCUUCUUUUGGUUAAUCCGUCCAUUUUUCUUGGUCGAGACGUCGUCUUCGAGUUAGAAUCGGCGGUGUUUCGGUUUCUGAUUCGUUGUGUUAGGUUGCAUUGAGAGGAAAGUUGAUUUGGGCGGAAACACCCGUUUUGCUAUGAAUCGGAUUUAGCUGUUCUCAUGAAUGGAAGGCGGAGCUCUUUGGUCUCAAGGGAUGUGCCGCUUACAGAGAACAGCCGCUUCUAAUUGCUUGGAGGAGAGGCAGAUUAGUCCGAAGUCUGAGGUGGAAGCUUCGAGGGUGCAGAAGCUGAAGAGCUCGAUGGUGUCGAGGCCCAAGAUCAAGCUUUGGAUGGUGCGAUUGACGACGGCGGUGUUGCUUUGGACCUGCGUCCUCCAGCUUAUGGCAAUUGGGGAGAUUUGGGGGCCGAGGCUAUUGAAAGGGUGGCCAUCCUGCUUCACUCCGGUUAAUGAAUCCUCUCCGGUGGUCGUCGUCUACAAAGCUGUUCUACCCCCCAAAAGAAUCUACAGGAACAAUGGAUACUUGAUGGUUUCAUGCAAUGGUGGACUUAAUCAAAUGAGAGCAGCGAUCUGCGACAUGGUUGCUAUUGCGAGACAUUUGAAUGUAACACUCAUAGUGCCAGAGUUAGACAAGACCUCCUUCUGGAGUGACCCUAGUGAAUUCCAAGAUAUAUUCGAUGUCGAUCAUUUUAUAACUUCAUUGAGAGAUGAAGUUCGGAUAUUGAAGGAACUUCCUCUGAGGUUAAAGGCGAGGGUUGAUCGAGGACUGGUUUAUUCGAUGCCGCCUGUUAGUUGGUCUGAUAUUUCGUAUUACGAAAAUCAGAUUCUUCCUUUGAUACAAAAGUUCAAGGUUGUCCAUUUGAAUAGAACCGAUGCCCGCCUUGCUAAUAAUGGUCUGCCGCUAGAAAUACAGAGAUUGCGCUGCAAAGUGAACUAUGCCUCACUUAGAUUCACCCCUCAAAUUGAAGAAUUGGGCAGACGGAUAAUUAGAAUUCUGCGGCAGCAAGGUCCUUUUAUGGUUCUGCAUUUGCGGUAUGAAAUGGAUAUGUUGGCAUUCUCCGGGUGCACCCAAGGUUGUACUCCUGAGGAAGCAGAUGACUUGACUAGAAUGAGAUAUGCAUAUCCCUGGUGGAAAGAGAAGGUCAUCGACUCUGAUAUGAAAAGGAAAGAUGGUCUCUGCCCUCUAACACCGGAAGAGACCACUUUGGUACUAAGAGCAUUCGGUAUCGAUAGCAAUUUUCAAAUACAUAUUGCAGCUGGAGAAAUAUUUGGCGGAGAAAGGAGAAUGCAGGCUCUUUCCGCGGCUUAUCCUAAAGUGGUAAAAAAGGAAACUCUAUUGGGGCCUUCAUAUCUUCGAUACUUUCAGAAUCAUUCAUCCCAAAUGGCCGCGUUAGAUUACUUAGUUUCUUUAGAGAGCGAUAUCUUUGUUCCUACAUAUGAUGGUAACAUGGCUAAAGUUCUUGAAGGUCAUCGCAGGUAUCUCGGGUUCAAGAAGACAAUUCUAUUGGACAGGAAGCUGCUGGUCGAUCUGAUAGAUCAGUACACCAAUGGCGCCUUGAGUUGGGAUGAAUUCUCUUCGUCAGUGAAGGCAACUCAUGCUGAACGCAUGGGUGGCCCUAGCCGGAGAGCGGUGAUUCCCGACAGGCCUAAGGAAGAGGACUACUUCUAUGCAAAUCCCCAAGAGUGUCUCCCACAGCCUGAUAAACCAUGGACUACGUGAAUCCAUUUCAGGGGCACUAUACUCUUAGACAGCUAUUCUUACCAUGGUUUCAAUUGAUUUAAACUCGUCGAAGAAGAAAGUAGCUAUUUAUUCAACAGAUGGGAAUGGCAGGCAGUUUUCCUACUGUUCCCAGGAUGCCGAAAUGAAAGCAAAUGUAUUUUUCAAUCAUUACAAUACAAUAGCUUUAUUCAUAUUUCAUACCAUUCAAAUAAUCUUCAUUCAUGUAUAGAAGAGUUGAGACAAAAGUGAACACAGAGAGAGAGAGAGGGAUGAAAGAAUGAUGUAAAUCUGAAUGUGAAUAACAUGAGAUUGUAAUUGAGAGAUUACGAUGUUGUAUGAAUGUAGGUUGGUGGGAGGACCCUCUCCUGAAAAUUGUCAUGAAAUAUCACUUGUCUUGAACACUAA